AUGUCCUCCGCAGACAAUCUCAUCACCGCGCUUGAUGGACUUGAUGCCAACUCAUUCGCCAAUGAAGCUGAGCGCGUUCGGGCCCUCGACGCGCUUGCUCUGGCCGUAAGCAGGGUCCAGAAGCCGUGGGAUACCGUCUGGCAGCACUGCUGGGUAAACCCGGCUACGACGGCCUGUGUCAAGACCCUCAUCGAUGCUGGUGUUUUUAACAAGUGGAUUGCGGACGGUGGUGGUGAGAAGACUUGUGCUGAAUUGGCCGAGCUCACCAAUACGGACCCUGUGCUAAUUCGACGCAUGAUUCGACAACUUUCAGGUCAAAAUCUUGUCAUUGAGACCGCUGAGGAUACUUACAAGCCUACACCCUGGGUUCAUGCCCUCACAGCUGACCAAGCCCUCGCCAAUGUCUACGGCGGCCUUUAUGGCUUCGUCAACGCCCCCAUGUUCCGAUCUCUGCCUGGAUAUCUCAAGGAGACCGCCUACAAGAACCCCACAGAUCCCAAUGACUGCAAUUGGCAGUUCAUGAAUGGCUCAAAGGAGAACCUGUUCCAGUCGCUGGGUGCCAAUCCUGUCGCGGCGAGGGAGUUCAACGAUGCUAUGGAGAGUCAUUCCAAGUAUAACCUCACGCCUUGGCCGGAGGUGUACCCGACAGAAACUCUUGUUGCCGACGCCAAACCUGAUCGGCCACUGGUUGUAGACGUCGGCGGUAGCAAAGGCCACGAUUUAACCAAGUUCCAUCUCCGACACCCUGAUAUCCCCGAUGGGAGCUUAGUUCUGCAAGAUCUUCCCGACAUUCUCAAAGAACUCACCAUCGCGGAGACCAUCUCCGUCCACCCGCACGACUUCUUUACCCCGCAACCCGUAAAAGGCGCCCGAGCCUACUUCAUGCAUAACGUCCUGCACGACUGGGAGGAUAAGCAAGCGCGCCAGAUCCUCAAGCACCUCGCCGAAGCAAUGGAGGCGGGCUACUCCAAGCUGCUGAUCCACGAGAGCCUCGUCAGUAGCAUCAAGCCUCUUGCACGUGUGACGACGUCUGAUAUUACCAUGAUGGCGUGCCUGGGUGCCAAGGAGAGGACAGAGAUUGAGUGGAGGGAGUUGGUUGAGAGUGUGGGAUUGAGGGUGCUCAAGAUCUGGAGGCCGCUUCAGUCGGUUGAGAGUAUCAUUGAGGCGGAGCUUGCUUGA